AAUCAGUUGUAAGCUGGUCUGCGUUUGGACGUAUAUAAAGAAGGUGGCGUCUGACACAAGACCCAAUCUGGUGUUUGACCACAUACGUGUACUUCUUGCACAUACUUGGACAUAAAUAAGAAUGGCAUUCUCCAGGCUGACCAUCCUGCUGGUCGUGCUGUCCUGCAUCGAGAGCUGUCUGGCCACCUCGUGUGUGGUUGACAGCUUUUCCGUCAAAGAGGACUUUGACCCCAAAAGAUACUCAGGGAAAUGGUACGCUCUGCAAAAGAAGGAUCCCGAGGGCUUGUUCCUGCAGGACAACAUCUCUGCGGAGUACACCAUCGAUGACGACGGCAGCAUGACGGCUUCCUCUAAAGGACGAGUCACCCUCUUCGGGUUCUGGGUGGUAUGCGCCGACAUGGCUGCCCAGUACUCUGUCCCCGACCCUACCACUCCCGGCAAGAUGUUCAUGAACUACCAGGGACUGGCCAGCUACCUGUCCAGCGGAGGCGACAACUACUGGGUGAUUGACACCGACUACGACAACUACGCCAUCACCUACGCCUGCCGCACCCUCAAGGAUGAUGGCAGCUGCGAGGACGGCUAUGCCAUCGUCUUCUCUAGGAACCCCCGCGGCCUUCCCCCCGCCAUCCAGCGCAUCGUGCGCCAGAAGCAGGAGGACAUCUGCAUGGUUGGACAGUUCCAGCCCGUGCUGCAGUCCGGUGCUUGCUAAAGGUGCAAAACAGGCAUGGAAAAGCCAAACGGGAAAUGAGCGGUGCCACCUGGCCGCGGUUUUUGAGGCUUGAAAGCCAACCUAUUGUGGAACAACGUGUUUGCAUGGACUGAUGUAAUAAAAGUGUAAAAGGAUGACCACCUUACCAACCCUAUACCAAGUUUAUGAAGCUGCUCCUUUCUUGUGAUCUAUGAAUGAGUGGAACAAAUAAAAUAUUUUUUUUUUCUAAAACCACA